CACUGUGCAUAGAUGGCUGCACUUCUGGUCCUGCCCUUCCAGGGCCGACCAUCCAUCCAUCCAUCCAUCCAUCCAUCCAUCUGUAUUAGGAUUUUAAAAAGAAUAAUCCACCAGUCUCUUGGGACCUUCUCAAGUACCAUCAGUUUCUCCUACCAACCCCCCCACCCCUUUUUUCCGCGCUCUGUUUUUUCUCUGCAGAUCUUUCCAGAUCCAGCCGAGGUGGUGCUGGGUCCAGAGGGAACUUUGGGAUGUGUGCCGCAGGGGAAGGAGCGUCUGCCCUCCAUCGUGGUGGAGCCAACGGACAUCAGCGAAGUGGAGAGUGGCGAGUUGCGUUGGCCUCCUGAGCAUGAAGACUCUGAGGACGAGGACCUGUUUUUAGAGCAGUGCAUCCCACCAGCUAACAUUGCUGACUGGGGGGAGGAAGAUGAAGAUGAGUCCAUCAUCAUAAGCAAUCAGUCAAGCACCUCGCUGUUGGGUGUGUUUGAUAACUUCAUUCAACUACUAUCCCCAAGCAUGGACAGGGCUUCUAUUAUUCUGAAUUCUUUUAAGAAUUACAAUUAUAUUGGGUAAAUAAAUAAAUUAAAAAGUAAAAGAUGGCUUGGGUCAAUCCAACAUUCACAGUUACACUGUAAAAUUGCAAAACACUCUCAUAAUUCAAUUUUCUCCUCUUCUCCCUUGUGUUUGAUAUCCUUUUGACCUCUGUUCUUCUUUACUUCUGUUAACAGAGCUUCAAUCAGAUGAGUUCAGAGAUGACACCCCGACACUUCUUCCUGAAAAUGCGCCUGCAGUAAACUGAACAAGCGUAUCACAGUCCAGCCCAUGGUGCUGUCCGCGAUGAAGAGAGUGUCUUUGGUCCAGUUAAAGGACUUUUUCUUGAAUAUUUGAAUGCUGGACUCAAUAUGUACCAUACUAUACAAUGAACACUGUUGUUUUCAGUCUUCAGCGUUGCAUUCUUGAACUAGGAACCAAUGCAGGAUUACAAAACCUUCAGUGACACCAUUCAGUCUGUUAGCAUGUCAGUAAAAUUUAUGUUCUGUUGCAAUUUCUUUUUUUAACCUGCUCUGUUUUAGCAACUCUCAUUGUUUUGAACAUUAGCGUGCAUUGACUGUUCCUCUUUCAAUGACCUUUUUAUCUGACACAUUAAAACACUUAGCUAGUAAAUUGUCAGUAAAUAUGAUAUAAAUAACUUGCUUUUUGUCCCAGAUAGUAGCAAAAGUAUGGUAAAAUAACCGUCACAAAAAGAGCACAAGUGUAGAAUUCAAUUAAGAGGGAGCUCAAUCAUGCUAAUGGUAGCUAGCUAGGAAUUAUUUACUAGCUGUUUUGUUUCUUUAAAUUAUACACAAUCUAUAAUUGUUUAUAUAAUGCUGACAAAUUAAAACUCUUUAACCUCUUGAGUUUGUCCCAGGAGCAUGACAUUCCUCGCACUGAUUUUUCUCACGUUUACUUACCUUACUUAUUAGCGUCAGUGAAAUAACUGAAUAACUGAAAUAUAAGUUUUGAUUAAAAUCCCAAACACUA